AUGGAACAGGUUAUCAUUGACACUGCCAACUAUGCCGAAGACAUAAGCACUUGUGUCAAGCAUAUUGAGAAGAAUGCAGACCGGAUGAUUCAUUUUGGACCUCCCCCCCAAAAGCACCAUUCAGAACGUGACAAAAACGACAAUGCGCGUGAAGACGUGGAACAGAGUUCAAACGACACGUUUAGUGCAGGCAGUGAGGAUGGUACAGAGGAUCUUCCGCCUGAAGAAGACCAUAAUUCUGAGAGUGAAGGAGGCUUGUAA